AGACGCUCACGUUUCGGGUCUUUUAUCAGUUCAACCUUUGAGCUCCGUUCAGGCGUCGUCGCGAGGGUGAUUCUCUCACCUUUGUCCCCGAAAACGACGGAGUGCGGAGCGUACAACGCCGGUUAUAGUUGCCUCGUGUGUUAGAAUGCAAAACUAGAUGCAGCACAGAAUAGUGGAAAAUGAAGACAAGCAAAGCAGUGGAGAAAUGAACAGGGAGAUGUUCACUGAGAAGGAAGAGGAGGAUUCUGCUGCCUACUUUGUCCAACAAUAAGUCAACACUGCCAGAAGCUAUUUGGCACUGUCAGGGCUGGUUUCCUCCUUGAGAUAUCAACAUAAAAGGGAUAUUUAUUGAAGGCCCGAUUCCUUGGAGAGAAAAGCCAGGAUGGAUCCUAGCUGUGAUCAUCACUUUCUUCAUCGUGUUUUGGGGAAAACUGUACACAUCACAUUGAAAUGUGGCACAUUCCAGGGAAUAUUGCAACAUGUGGAUUCCAGUCAGUGUAUCUUUCUAAACAGAGUUAAGAAUUUGGAAAAUGGCAGAAAUGUACCUGGAAUAAAGAGGUUCUUUGGCCAUGAAAUUGUUAAUGUGGAAUUGCUUGAUGACUUAGAACAAUCCGCUCCAGAAAGAAACUUCACUCCUACUGGAUCCAGGGAAUUUCCACUUACUAAGUUGUCUGAAAUCGACCAAGAAUCACUGCUGGAUCAAAGCACCCAUAGAGCUAAUGUUGUUUUCCCAGUGAGCCAGCAACUCUGUUUGGAUGAAGAUAACGGGGAAAACAUAGAAUAUAUUGUUAUCAAUCAAUUCCAGAAGACAUUUGGUUCUGCUAUGAUGCACAUCAAAAAUCAAAGGGUAUGUAGUAUAGCAGCAGAGGGUGUCAAUUUGUGUCGGCAUGGAAAACUUUCUUGGUUACAAGUUGCAACAGAACGUCAGGUUUUCUUAUUUGACAUUUUUGUUUUGGGAGCUCAAGUGUUCAAGAAUGGACUACAAAUGAUACUGGAGGACCGGAAUAUUUUGAAAGUUAUCCAUGAUUGCCGUUGGCUCUCUGAUUGUCUUUCUCACCAGUAUGGAAUUGUGCUCUCCAAUGUCUUUGAUACACAGGUUGCUGAUGUAUUACAGUUCUCAAUGGAAACAGGUGGCUACCUUCCACACAGGAUCAGCACUUUACAAGAGUGUUUAAUGCAGCAUUUGAGGUUGCCUGACAAAUGCAUUUCUUUCUUGGAAUACAAACAGCAAGCAAUUGAGGAAAAUCCUGAGGUCUGGUUUGUGCGACCCCUUCCACCUGUAUUGUUGAAUAUAUUAGCCAUGGAAACAGUGUAUCUCCUCCCUCUCCGUUUGCUGCUGCUUGGUGAAAUUAUGUCUGAUUUAACAGCAUUAGUGGAUAGUUACUUGAAUGCAUUUCGGCAAGGAUCUGCAGACCCCCUGGGGAGCAUCAAGAUGUCUUCUAUGAACUUACCAGAAGAGCUACGGCAACUGGCAGAUCUUUAUAACAUCCGAAGACAAACUGCAGUGCAAAAGUUCCAGCUGAGUGAGGAAGGUUUCCUUAUCAGAAAACAAGUGGAGGCAAUAAGAAGAAAAAAGGCAGAGUGAACAAUAUCCUAAAACAAUACUGUCCGGGUUCUAAUACCCAGGGCAAUCAUAAAAAAAGAA